AUGGUGGAGUCGUUUGAGUGUCAACAAACACAGACAAACAGGCAUGUCAAUAAUCUUUAGUUAUCAGGAACAAAACUCCUACAUAAAAAAUUAGUAUUUAAGCUUUGAAUAUGUAAAAUGUUUAAAAAGUGGAUAUGUGACUAAUUUUUAUAGAAAAUAAAGUGCAUACUGCAUUAAUCAGACCCAAUGAUAACCUAGCAUUAAGCCUUGGAAUCAUAUACACAUGUACAAAAGUGAAGGUGAUGUUACACUGUUGCAACCAUUUGAAUCAACGUCACAUAAAAGUCGAAACACAGCAUUGCGAUAAAAAUCGUAGUUACAAAUCAUAUCAUGUAACAUCCAGUUCGGGUCCACUACAGGUCUCUCUGUAUAGGGAAAAAAGCUUAGUGUACUAGCUGGUGCAUACAUGUAUCCUCUGCAUAUGGGCUACGCUUAAUACAAGUGUUACUGUAGCUGUUGUGAUUUAAUUUUAUCCUUGGUUUAUAUUUUGUUUUCCAUGGCUUUGGCAUAUGUAUGAUAAUCUAUGAUAAUUAUUUUGAAAUAAAGGUAAAUAAAAUUUAAACCACGGAUAAAAUUAAACCUCAAAACAGCCGUCGUAACUACCGUUAUGAACAGCAAUGAACAGAAUUUGACUGCUUAUGAAAGCUUGCAUCUUACCAAAAAUACUUGUACUCAGAGUUUCUGGCAAGAUGCGUUAAAUCGUCAGCAGUUAGAAUUUUGGCAAAUAAAAACUUUUUUCUCUUGCAAGAUAUAAAAUAAGCCUUCUCAAGCCGUCUACCAAGGCACUCCAACUUUCCAGCAAAAUUUCCAUUAGAAUGGACAACAGAGGAUUUCUUUCUUUGCAAUAUAUGAUCGUAAAUGAAGACGGACAGGUCUGUUUUGUAGAAUAUCUGGUAAGUAUGACUGUACGAGGGUGGUAAAUGAAAGUUCUUUUACCCUUAGGAUGUGAAGGUGAUGACAGUGAAAGUGAUGAAGAUUAUUAUUUUUGGGGAUGAUGAUAAUGAUGAUGAUGAUGAUUGUGAUUGUGAUGAUAAUGGCGGUCCCGUCUUCAUAAGGGGACGUGUCCUCAAUCAGUACUUUUGUGUUGAGUAACUUGACUUUUAAAUAAAGUAGUUUUUCCGUUUCGCUUGCCUUUAAUUAAAAACGUUUUAAGCUCUCGUUUGCCAGUUAUAAACACCUUUACUCAGUCUUUGUGAUUCGACUUUGAUCGUUCUAAAAGGUGAGAUUAUUGGCGUUACCGUAGUACACCUAACUUUCUUUUUAUGUCACUAGUGCGCACCGGACGAAGAAGUAGACGAGGAGGAGGAAGAAGAACUUGGUUAA